AUGGCGACUGCUCUCGCUGCUCAAUUGGCGCAGGUGGCUGCCAAUUCGAAGUCCACUCUCAACGUUAAGGCGCAAAAGGCUGCCCAUUCCAAGUCGUUGAUAUGGGAACCUCGAGUCGCUGCUACUCAGAGCUAUCAAACUCUUUAUACAACCUGCUUCCAGGGCUUUGAGGAGCUCUGUCAACUCGAUGCUCGAUUCGCGCCCUUCCAGUCUACCAUCUUCAGCGAGGAGAGUCAGAACCAGGAUCGUACCCAGCUCACAGCUUCUGAGAAUGAGGAACUGGACCGCCGGGUUGAAGCCUUCCUGCGCCUCGCGGGCAGUCGACUCAGGCUGAUGCCUGCGAUCAAGUCUAUCGAGUGGCUCAUACGAAGAUUCAGAAUUCAUGAGGAAAACACACAAGCCCUGCUGCUCACUUUCCUGCCUUACCAUUCCAUACCAGCCUUCGCUACCCUCCUUUCGAUUCUGCCGAGCAAGAUCCCUCACGAUUUCCGCUUCCUCGACCCUUACAUUCGCUCAGUCACAUCGCCUCCCCGAUAUGUCUUGGUCCGCGAGGCUAUUCAGCACCCUUCAUUCUUGACUCUCAUAUCCGAGUACACCCUCGAAUCAUGUCGGAUGCAGUACAACUAUCCCGCCUUGGUCUCAUUCUGGGCCGGCAUCAUGACAGAGGCCGUGAGUGGUAUCCUGGACAAGACGAGAUCAGGCCGAGCUGCAGUUCAGAGCGAGAACGACCAGGCUUUGCUUCAUCGACUGGGACCUGUCUUUGCUGAGUCCUUGGUCAUGAAGAAAGUCCCUAGUAUUCAGAUUGCUUCAUACAUGGCGAUCGCAGUGUUUGUCGCCAAGGGCAACCUUGAGGAUAACGCUGUCACUGCAUUCAUGGACCAGACGGUUUAUGGUUGGACUAACGACACGGUGCGGCCUGCUCUUGUUUGUCUGGCUAUCUUGGCGCAAUACCGUUCUGCGAAGCAAAUGAGCAGCAAGACCACAAAAGCGCUUAUGAAGGUCACAGAUAUUGGAAAGCUACUUGUAGAGAUCGGCCAAGAGCGGCGGGUGGACAAAUUAGCAAAUGGUCUCUGUCUUGCAUUGAUAGAGAGACUUACCAAGAAGGGCGACGCUCGAGGUUUGGCGACUAUUAUCACUAUUCUCAGCAGCUCGGUCCUCAAGGACAAACAAAUUGCUGUAAUUUUUAAGUCUCUUAUCUUGACUGCGCAUCGACUUAGCGAUGAUAAUGACGAGGACGGUGCACUUCGACGGGAACUCGGUUCAGCACUGAUUGCUCUGUCUCAGAGCACCGGCAAAUCUGGCGACACCAUCCAGUCGGUUAUUGAAGAAGUCAAGUUCGAUAUUGAGGAGCUUGAGAUGAAGCUCGACCUUUCAUUCCGCUCUCGACGACUCCCCGACUCGAUCAAAGACGAUACAGAGAUGGCUAAUGGCAAUAAUGAAAAGAAGGCACCCCAAGAUUUGGGUUUGUUGCUCGAGGAACUUUCUAGCCGGUCCGAAUCGCUCUCUCCUUGUCUCGUGCCUCAACCCGGCGAGAUCUUUGACGAAUUCAGUCAUAUCUUCUUUUCUGUUGUUUCUGAGAGCUCGCAAAAUGCGGGCCUGCUUUCCGAAUUCGAUCUCAACCCCAAGCUUCACCGACAGACUGCUUUCAAGGACUGCACGUACUUCAGUUUCUUCAUUCGCAUCUGGAGCGGUCCCUACCCAGCCCUAGCUCGUGUUGCAGCACUGGACAUGGCUAAGAAAAGAUUAAAAGUUGGUGAUGCCGGAAAAGCCGAUCUCCAGGCUCUUCUUCCCUACUGUAUCUCAGCACUCAGCGAUCCUUCGAAGCGCGUCCGCCAAGCCGCGGCCGAUCUGAUCACUGUCCUUACUGGUCUCUACACUCCUCCAGUUCCUUCUACGGGACUCGACCUCUGGGGUCAACAGAGCCUCUAUGGAAAGUCCAAAGAAAUAAUGUCUCUACCAUCUGAUGUUGUCGCCAAGGUUCUGCAUCUUCAGAUUCUUCCUACCGUUGAGGAGUGUGUCAUGGACCCUGAACAUAUUACUGCCGUCCUUCGUACCGCAAUUGAGCAAGGCAAAUACCAGUCCAAGCCGAACCCUGCAUUGGAUAAGAAGGACCAUUUGUCUCAACCUGGAAGACUAUCUUUCCUUCAGUUUCUCGCCUCACACAUCGUCAACACACCAUUGAUUCUGGUAAAGAGUAGGUUGCUGAAGACCGUCAACGAAGUUCGAGGCGUCAGCACCACAACAAGAACGCAACUUCUACUCCCUGUUUUGCGAUGGUGGGCAAGUCUGAGCGAGGAUGAGGCAGCUAAGCUCUGCAGCGCAGAACGUCUAGAAAAGUCAGAUAUGGACAACUGUUUUGUCGAUGUUGUGGUGCCAAACGACGUUGCAGGUUUAGAAUUCUUCCUGGAGUUUCUCAGAGAUCCAGACCAAAGAGAAAAGGCUGAUCUUAUUCGUGCAACUUUCACUCGCAUGAAGAAGAUGUGGUCUUCCAUGAAGCCUAAUGUCAAGUCAACAGCUGCUGAUCAGUUGCUGGAGAUCUCCCAGGAAUCAGCAGUCUCAACUGACAGCAAAUCAGUUGUUUCUGCAGAGGCGGCUGACUUUUUGAGGAACGUGCGACUCACCACCGAUAUUCUUCAUGAUUUCCUUCAGUCGAUACAGACUGGAACCAAGAUGGUCACCGAGCCUCCACCCAACAAGCGCCGCCGAACUAGCUCUUCUGGAGCCGACCGUGGUCUCAUCACUCAGGUUACUCCCGAACUCAGCCAGUCGCUGCGAAAGGUCACAUUCGUUCUGCAGCUAGUCGAGAACUCGGACCCAGUUGAGCAUCCCGAGCUCUUGGAUGGCCUGUUUACUGCCCUCUCUGAACUCCAGCACUUUAGAACAGUGGUCGGAUCUGAGCUGGGCUACCUACAGAAUCUCAUUCUUCGAAGCCUUUUGGCCAUGAUGCCAGCUUACAAGGCGAAUAAGAAGCUCACAAUUGACAGCUCUGGCGGGUACGGAGAUUUGCUUGUUAACUGCAUCCAAAGAUCUUCGAGUCCCGUUGUUCAGAAUGCUGCCCUUCUCUUGAUUGCCAGUCUGGCCACUACCGCGCCGAACUUGGUCCUGCAUAGUGUCAUGCCCAUCUUCACCUUCAUGGGUACCUCGGUACUUCGCCAAAGCGACGACUACUCUGCCCAUGUUGUGUCUCAGACUAUCAAGGAAGUUAUUCCUCCGCUAAUCGACUCUCUGCGUCAGGGGCAGAAGAGCCCUAUCGCUGGUGCCUCUGAUAUUCUUGUCAGCUUCACAACGGCAUACGAGCACAUCCCCGCUCAUCGACGACAGGGGCUGUUUGUUGCCCUUGUCGAGACUCUUGGUCCACAAGACUUCCUCCACGCUCUUAUCAGUAUGCUGGUUGAUCGAUAUGGUGCGAGUGACGCUCUGCUGCAAUUCAUUAUCGAGUUAUUGAAUCACUUCAGCAUCCCAACACAACUCGAAUCGCUCGUCAAGCAGCUCGACCUUAUCGCUGACCUGUUCAAGGCAAAGCCUGGCAUCUCUCUCGUCCUCCUCGGUAUCACUGACGAGACUGAUGACAAAAAUAAGGACGUCGAAGCCAUUGCCCUCCGACAACUAUCGGCUUUCCCUAGCUUCUUAGCUAACAAGAAACUCAGAGCGCAGAUUGGAGGUUUGAUGGAGAAGGAUGAUAUGGAGGCAUCGAGAUUGAGGGAGCUCUAUGCCACACUUCUUGAAAACAUCCUUGUUCUAGCUGAUACGGUCAAGGCGAAUAAAACUCUCCAUGGCCGCUGCGGACAGGCUCUCUCCAAUCAUCUCAACUUAUUGUCCAUUGGAGAGUUUAUCAAGGCUGUUGAGAACCUGCUCGAUAGACCUGACAUGGGACUGCGGCAAAAGGUCCUACGUGCUCUUGAGGUCCGGGUGGAACAGGAGAGCAACACCGACCCAGCAUCAAGGACUGUAUUGCUUGCUUUCCUUCCGCAGCUUACGGCCGGUAUCAGAGAGUCGACCGAUAUGCGAUACAAGCACACCGCUGUCACAUGCGUUGACAAGAUUGCCGAAAAGUAUGGAAAGAAGGAUAUCGAGGCUGUUGUGGCAGCAGCUACAACUAUUGCUGGCGAGCACUGCUUGGGGCAGUCUGAGGAGCGCCUCCGAGUUAUGGCUCUCUUGUGCCUUACCUCGCUCGUGGACGUACUGCAAGACGCCAUCGUACCCGUUCUGCCGAGCGCAAUCCCGCAGGCUGUCAAGUACCUGGGUGAAAGCUUGAGGGGGGAUGCUCGCGAUGAGGAACUUCAUGUUGCUUGUUACGGAUUCAUCAGCGCUCUGGCUCAGCACCUUCCCUACAUGCUUUCAACAUAUGUCGAUCGCAUUCUGGAAGUGUCCAACAGAUCAGCCGAGAUCGAAUUGGAUGAUGAUACAAAGGAAAGCCGUGUCGAUUGUCUUCACUUCCUGGCUAAGCAACUUGAGGCGAAGGAGAUCUUCUCGGCUUUGGACCGAAACUGGGAUAGUGCCAGAAGUGCCGGCUUCUCCGCUGUUGCUGAAUAUCUUGAUGUUCUCGGCUUGGCCAUUGACAAGCACUCCAAGUCUGGUAUUUCCAAGAAUGCCACGCUACUAUCGAGCAUCCUCACAAAGGUCUUUGAUCUGCGACGACAGGAGCGUGCUAAGGGCGAGAUUGGUGAGCAAGAUCUUUUGAGGCUCAGUGCUCUUGACGCCAGCACCAACGACAAAGCGUUGAAGAUGAUCUACAAGCUCAACGAUGCGGCAUUCCGACCUGUCUUUGUUCAGCUCAUGGAGUGGUCAAGCUCUGGAUUGUCGAAGAGCGACCGAGUGGGACGCUCGCUACGUCAAUACAGUGUCUAUGGAUUCCUUGAGGCAUUCUUUGGCACUCUUAAAUCGAUCGUUACCAACUACGCUACAUACAUUGUCGAGGAUGCAGUCAGGAUCUUGAAGUCGGUGGAUCUGAAGAGCCCAGAGGAGAGACAACUCUGGUCAAGGGUACUACGGACCCUGGCCAACUGCUUUGAGCACGACCAGGAUGACUUCUGGCAGGCUCCGGCCCACUUUAGUGCCGUCGGACCGGUCCUGAUGGAGCAGUUCUCACAUGCUGGUACGGUGGAGGUGACGGAAGAGCUCAUCCCAACGACAGUGGAGCUGGCCUCGGCGGCGGAUUCACAGGCUCACCAGAAGGAGCUCAACUCUGCCCUCCUGAAGCACCUGCGAUCUGAGUCCGCGGCAGUGAGACUUGCCGCGGUCAAGUGUGAGCAGGCACUGACAGAUCGUCUUGGCGAGGAGUGGCUGUCUAUGCUGCACGAGAUGCUGCCUCGCAUUAGCGAGUUGCAGGAGGACGAUGACGAGCAUGAGCUAUUAGAGGUUUACUAUGGGUAUAUUCGGAGCGUGCUGUGUAGCAAGGGCAUCCGGGUCCUGGAUAUCACAGAUUCCGGAGACACGGAUCAGUCCGUGACCUCACGCGAAAUUAGGAGAUACGCCAUGAUCGGACUUGGUCUGGGCCGUAGGGGGACAGAACAGCGCUUGUUGGUGAAGUUGGGAAGAGUCACUUGCAAGAGACUGGCCAGUACAGUGACUCAAGAAGGACCAAAAGAGCGCAUCGUCGUUCUAGGCUCAGGCUGGGCUGGAUACGCUCUCGCAAAGACAAUAUCUCCCUCUCAAGCCUCUCGGAUUCUCAUCUCUCCUCGCUCUCACUUCGUCUUCACUCCACUUAUCGCCUCAACCGCCGUUGGCACUCUCGAGUUCCGAGCUGCUGUCGAACCCUGCCGUAAACUCGAUCUUACAGAGUUCCAUCAGGCUUGGGCUUCUGAUAUUGACUUCGCCAACAAGACCAUCACAGUUGAAGCUAACCAACGUGAUGGAGUCACGGCUCGCUCGGGCAAGGAUCUGUUAAAGGGCCUCGAGUUCCAGGUCCCGUAUGAUAAGCUUGUAGUGGCUGUUGGGUGCUACAGUCAGACUUUUGGUGUGGAGGGUGUCAAGGAGCAUGCGUGUUUUCUGAGAGAUGCUACAGAUGCUCGGACAGUACGUCUUAAAGUGCUGCAGAAGUUCGAGCAGGCUUCUCUACCUAGCACAAGCGCGGCUCAGAGGAAACGAUUACUUCAUUUUGCUGUUGUUGGUGGCGGUCCUACAGGUAUCGAAUACGCAGCUGAGCUUCACGAUCUUAUACACGAGGACUUGGCCAAGCUGUAUCCCGAACUGAUGCCUCACGUUGCCAUCACCAUCUAUGACAUUGCACCAAAGGUUCUCCCUAUGUUUGAUCGCAAUCUGGCCGCAUACGCCACAAGCAUCUUCAGCCGUGCAGGCAUCAAAGUCAAGACCGAGCAUCACCUCCAGGGCAUUCGACGAGACGACGAUGUCCUCCUUAUGCGUAUCAAGGAGGAACCUGAAGAAGUCGCAGCAGGCGUUGUCGUCUGGAGCACGGGUCUCAUGCAGAACCCUCUGGUUGGCAAGUUAGUCGGACGAGAGGUGGAGGGCAUGGGAAAGAUCGCAAAGAACUGCAAAACAGGCGGCUUCGCUGUUGAUUCUCACCUUCGAGUCCAGGUCGAAGCCCAAGACUCCAACGGCAAACAAAUCACAAAGACACUCCCGGACGUCUACGCAAUUGGUGACUGCGCCAAUAUCCAAGGCGAAUCACUUCCCGCCACUGCACAAGUAGCAAGUCAACAGGCUACAUAUCUCGGCAAGAGAUUCAACGCUGGAACGUCUUCUCAGGGGCCUCCAACUGCUCCGUUUCACUUCCGUAACUGGGGUACAAUGGCGUAUCUUGGAGGUUGGAGGGCUAUUCAUCAGAAGGGUACUGAUGAGCUCAAAGGCCGAGCGGCGUGGAUUCUGUGGAGGACGGCGUAUUUGACCAAGAGCAUGAGUCUAAAGAAUAAGCUCAUGAUUCCAUUUUAUUGGUUGGUUACAUGGAUUUUUGGCCGAGAUAUCUCGAGGUUCUAA